CAUACCCUGAAGUCUUAACUCUCAGGCCCAUCAUAUUGAAUGGAACAGGCUGACCUCCAAGUCCCUUUUGAUCUUGAAGCUGGAUUGUUCUGUGCAAUUAUUUUCAUUGUUUUAGUAAGAACAAUUAACCACCAGAGGGCAGUCAGGUUACAAGGCAGUAAGGGGUGAGGCUGGCAAGGGAUCCAUUUAAACGAAGUGCACCUGUGACUUUUAAAAUUCUUCUUCCAAUCCCACAAAAUCUUACUGCGUUGCUUGUGAAGAUUAAGAUCAGUGCAGCAGAAGAAAGGAAGAGUGGAGAGGUUUACAGGAACAUCGAGACCUGACCUGCUUGGACAACUGCAGGAACAAAGGAUCCUACACUAAGAAGUUUUCCACAACGAGCCGCGUCCCUCCCUCACCUUCCCUCUAAAAGCGCUUUUUAAGGAACUUGGAGUCAGCUGUGUCUACUUCAAGCUGAGGUGGUUAAGAUUGGAUGGGACCACCGACCCUCCAACUGGGAAUGUCCCCUAGGCACCCCAAGCCUCUUGCUUUCAGGGAAGCAGUUUGAGACUGGUGCUCCCUCUCCCAGCUGCACACCUUGGUGUCUCAGCGUUUGGCUUGCUGAGUAUUGAGCAAAACAAACCUGGCUCAGUAACAGUUCCUCUCAAACCCAAACAGUUAAAAAACCCACUCAGCGGGUGCUGCUUACAGGGGUGUCCCGUAAACCAGUGCUGGACUGUGACAAGAUACAGGGAAGAAGGAAGUGACAACAAGGCAGGGGUCUGCCGCUGCAGACACAUUAAGGGGCACCAUCCUGGGGCUCUGCGAUCACCUCCAGCGCAGGGUUGGAAAGAAGCAUCCCCGGCACGCACCGACUGGCACAGCGGGAGGAAGGCUCACUUUUUUUUACUCCCUAUUCUGUCUCUCCAAGAAUGAAACAUGACUGAGGACUCCCAGAGAAACUUUCGUUCAGUAUAUUAUGAAAAAGUGGGUUUUCGUGGAGUUGAAGAGAAGAAAUCAUUAGAAAUUCUCCUAAAAGAUGACCGUCUAGAUAUCGAGAAACUUUGUACUUUCAGUCAGAGGUUCCCUCUCCCAUCCAUGUACCGUGCGUUGGUCUGGAAGGUGUUACUCGGAAUCUUGCCUCCACACCAUGAGUCCCACGCCCAGGUGAUGAUGUAUCGCAAGGAGCAGUACUCUGAUGUCCUUCACGCCUUGAAAGUCAUCCGCUUCAUCAGUGAUGCCACCCCUCAGAUUGAAGUCUAUCUCUACAUGCACCGGUUAGAGUCUGGGAAGUUGCCUCGAAGUCCCUCGUUUCCACUGGAGCCAGAAGAUGAAGUAUUUCUUGCCAUUGCGAAGGCCAUGGAAGAGAUGGUGGAAGAUAGUGUCGACUGUUACUGGAUCACGCGAUGCUUCGUGAACCAGCUGAAUAGCAAGUACCGGGACACUCUGCCCCAGCUGCCAAAGGCUUUUGAACAAUACUUGAAUUUGGAAGAUAGCCGACUGCUGAGUCACCUGAAGGCCUGCUGUGCGGUGUCCACACUUCCCUACGAGUUGUGGUUCAAGAAGUGUUUUGCCGGGUGCUUGCCCGAGUCCAGCUUACAGAGGAUUUGGGAUAAAGUUGUAAGUGGAUCCUGUAAGAUACUAGUUUUUGUAGCUGUGGAAAUUCUUUUAACCUUUAAAAUAAAAGUAAUGGCGCUGAACAGUGCAGAGAAGAUAACGAAGUUUCUGGAAAACAUCCCCCAGGACAGCUCGGACGCGAUCGUGAGCAAGGCCAUCGACUUAUGGCACAAACACUGUGGGACCCCGGUCCACUCUGCCUGAACAUUCCCGACGUUGUGGACAGCAGCCAGGCCUGCUCAGCGCCUUUUUUUCCCCCCUUGGGACGUGACCUACUGAAUUGAUAAUGGGGUUCUUGCUUUGGUGCUCGAAGUGUAAUUGUUUUUCCAGUAAAAUUGCUUAAGAUAAUGUCACUGUGGAGUCACUGUGUUGUGGAAUGGCAUCUUCUGGUUACACAGAAAUACAGGGCUCAACUCUGAAUCGCAUUUAGAAAAACGUUUAUGGAGGUGUAGUCAACUUACAAUGUUGUGCUCAUUUCUGCCUUAUAGCAAAGUGAUUCGGUUGUAUAUACAUAUGUAUCCUUUCUCGUAAUCUUUUCCUUUAUGAUUUAUCACACGAUAUUGAAGAUAGUGCUACGCAAUAGGACCUUGUUCUGGAUAGUAGUUUAAAAGGGUUGUUGGAAAUAGCUCCCAGCUUGGAAAGCAGUUGAGUCAGGGUGGGUGGGUGCGCCAGUGAGCUGUGUGUAACCAGGCCUGAACCCUGCAGCGCUUUAAUUAGUACCAAGCUAGUUACUUGCUAAGGUCCAUUUCUAGAACAAAGAACAACUUCCUUUUGUUGAUGACUUUUGUUGUUGAUGCAGUACCUGUCGAAAUCUAAGCUGACUUUCUAAAUCUUUUGAAAUCUAAAUCCACUUUCUGAUACUUUUGCUAGAUUGGUUUAAAUAAAGGCCUUAUUAUGUUUUUUCCCCUC